AAGAAUCGGAUCAAUCAAAUGAGGCCGCUUCCUUUGAACAGAAUGUCCCUUCUUGCCCUUGCGCUCGUGCUCUUUCAAGGGGCCCACGGUAAAGAAAACAGCGUACCUGUGCAGAAAGGCCCGAACGGAAAACCUCUGCCGUCUUGCUCCGAGGCGACGAAUUGCUUCGAUUGUUUUGUACAGCAGGAAUGUUAUCCUAACCCUCUUGGUGGUGAUCCGAUCUGUUCUCCUUGUGGCUGGUGUUCACACAACCACAGCGCAAGCUGGACUGCAGAUGUCAAGGGGACUUGUGUGAUAGCCCCCGUCGGAAUGUUCGAUUUUUGUCAGCUAGUGGAUCCUGGAGCGGAUAGAUACUGCCCGGAGUCUGUCUGUAAGGUCGGCGACUUUGGCUGCGCCUGCAAGGACAAUGUCUGUCCAGCGAUUGAGAAGCUGAUCGGUCUCUUCACCUUGGAAGGGAUCUGGCUUAUUCUCCUCACAACUCUUGCCAUUGGCGUAUGCGUUACAACGCUCUGUAUCUGGUCGAUCUGUUGUUCGAGGCAGCGCCGUGUCAUCAUCGUCAACUACUAUGACCCUGAGAACGGUAGAGCUGCACUCCAUGACGUCGUCAACGGCCCUGCACAGGGCGGCCUGCAAGUUAACGGCGCGACAACGGCAUACACUCGCUUCCAGUAACUUAAGUAUGAUUAGUACCGCUUUCUGCCUGUCCCGUGAGUCAGGCGGUUUACUGCGGCCUACAGUGGCACGGUGGCAGCCUGUGCUAUACUAGUAAUUCCGAACGGUCCAGGCCGCCGCGGCCUGCUUGUUGCCAGCCUGUCACAGUGCCGCGAUCAUCCGGGCCCGGGGGCGGCAAGCAUGGGCCGGGCAGCCUCCGUGACAAGUUGUGUGGGGCGGCUCAGUUAAUCAUCGGUUUAAAAUGAGGCUCUCAUAAACUUCAUAUCUCAAGC